GACCCCCGGGAGUCUCGCUCCGGCAGCCCCUUCCUCCUCCGUUAAAGCUGACGGUUUUCGGGCGGGAACGUCGUGCAGCCACAGCAUUCGCGGGCUGAGGAUCGAGUGUGGGGGCGGGCAGUGAGGCCCCCGCCGCCCACUACCGGUCCCCUCCACCGCGCCCUGUGUGCUUUCUCGCGGACAGGCAGAAGCGGGGACAAAUACACGCCCACGGCGCUCUCCAAACCGCAGGUCCCCGCCCGCGGGCCGCGUGCUGUGCCUCAGGAUGGCCGCAAGAGGACGCUCAGGCCUUGGGCUGGGGAGGGGGCCCCUGCAGCCGCGGCCUUCCCCUUCCUUUACUCCACAGGGAGGCCCCGAGAGGGCCAGGGUCCCCAGGUUACACCGCAAAGACGGUGUGGCCAGGACGCAGAGCUGCCGGCAGCGAAGCCUGUCGCUUUGGAGCAGGUCCCGCGAGGGCAGGAGAGGGGCAGGAGCAGAAUCUGACCCCGAGGAGGCCUCUGCAGCCUCUGGUGUGGGGUCCAGGCCCACUCUGCAGGUGCUGCCUGUCCCCAGCCACGCAGCGUCGGCCUCAAGGGGCCUGGCAGGUGGCAGCGGUGGCCACAACAUGGGUACCCCCCAGCCCGCGGUGCCAGAGCUCCAUCCCACUGAGGGGGCUGGCAGUGUGGCAGGGAAGGCUGUAGUGGGUGCCCGGGAGAAGGGCCCUCGGCUGGGCCAGCGGCUGCCCUCGAUCAUGGUGGAGCCCAGUGAGGCCGGUGCAGUGGAGAGUGGGGAGCUACGCUGGCCCCCAGAGGGUGCCCAGAGGGGAGCCCCUCAGAGCCAGACCGCCCCCUCGCCAAGUUCCCCGGGUGCCCCAGGGAUGACUUCAGAUGACGCUGCCAGCACCGGGGACCAGUGACGGGGUGAGGACACAGCCUGGCUCGCUCUCUGCCCGUUGAGAGCCCCACCAGGGUGGCCCGGCUGCUGCACAGACCCCCGCAGGCGGGCUGCGCUGCAGCUUCCUGUCUCGGCUGCGUGGCCCAGCUGCAGCUCUGCCCCUGCUGCCGCUGCUCCGGUCUCACCACACCCUCCUCGUCCCGCGGUUUGGAGCAGAAAUAAAAGCACCUCUCAGUGGCC